AAUGACGGGCAUGACGUUCGUAGCGGACGUUUUUGUAAAAAUUGUGUAAACUGUGGACUGAUUAUUUCGUAGUGAUUGUGCAGAAAAAUAUAUUUUGGAUUAAUAAUGUAUAUUGCAUUAUACUGAAACGUGUCGUUGGCAAUAAACGAUGGAUAACUCAUCUACGAUUAUCUUGUUAUCUAUAGCAAUAAUUCGUACUUCCACAUAUAAAUAAGAAAGUUUUGUCAAAAUGGAUGAGAGGAGGGUGGCGGAUUAUUUUGUGGUAGCUGGCUUGCCUGAGAAACCAGAACUAUUGGAUGAUUCAGACUCAGGACACCUAAAAGGAUACACUUGUAAGGCACCUAUCACAGAUAUUGGUGUAGUGUUCCCCGGCCAAGGAGAAACAGUGCCUCCAGGCUUCGAGUUGCUCGAACUCACUCCGACUGGUCUACCGGCGGACUUGAACCAUGGAUCCAUGCGCUCGCCAGAAUGCUUCCUCUGCUUCCGUAGAGGGCGGGAUCGACCACCACUCGUUGACAUCGGGGUCAUGUACGACGGCAAGGAGCGCCUCAUGGCUGACGCGGAGAUGGUCCUAGUAUCAGCUGGUGGGCGUCUCGCCAACGUGAACAACUCGACUGCGAAGACCUUCAUAACGUACCGGCGCGCACACCCCACCGCACCCUGCAACGCCCUGGUGGUGGUCGACAUCUGUGUCAUAGUUGCCAGCAAGCAGGAGUGUCCGCCACACGCCUUCUGUAUGAUCGCCAAGAACUUGAACAAAGGGCUAAUGGGCAGCGAUGUGUUUCUCUGCUACAAGAAGUCAAUGAACCGUCCUCCGUUAAUAGCUUACAAACCAGAAGUAUUAUUUAGGUAUCCAAUGACAGACCGUCGCAACCUAGCAUACCCUGAAUCAGUGCCGAUGUUCUGCCUGCCGAUGGGCGCGACCCUCGAGCUGUGGCCCAACAACGCGGCCACGCCCAAGCCCGUCUUCUCUACCUUCGUGCUCACCGUCGCUGACGCCACGGACAAGGUCUACGGCUCAGCUGUGACAUUCUACGAGUCAUACCCGUACGCCCAGCUGACGGAGUAUCAGAUGGAACAGCUAGGCUGGCGCGUGGGCGUCACACAGAACACGCAUUCCUUGCAUGUCAACAAAUGCGUGUGCCUGCUAUCACGUUGGCCCUUCAGCGACACCUUCGAAAGAUGGCUGCUUUAUAUACUGGAAAUGUCAUGGAGUAAACAACCGUUGAAUAUACCUGUUGAAAGGUAUAUCACACAUUUAUUGGAAGAAGUACCCUUUCCGGAACCCAGGAUAUUAUUGCAGCUAUCACCAACAAACCCAGCGGAGCGUGUGAUAGUUACGCGAGGCAGUUCACAGCCACUCGUCCGAAGCGGCGCGGGUUUCAGACACCUACUACUAAACUUAGGACCUGACAACUGCCUGCUCUUACUCGCUCUAGCUAUCACCGAACAGAAGAUCCUCAUACACUCGCUCAGGCCCGACACGCUCACAGCAGUUUCGGAAGCAGUAUCAAGUCUUCUGUUCCCGUUCAAAUGGCAAUGCCCGUACAUACCUUUAUGUCCAUUAGGACUGGCGGAGGUAUUACACGCUCCUCUGCCGUAUCUAAUCGGGGUGGACUCUAGGUUUUUUGACUUAUACGAGCCCCCGCCUGACGUGACGUGUGUCGAUUUGGAUACGAAUAAUAUCACAAUAUGCGAAACUCAGAAACACAUAUCGUUAAAACUCUUACCGAAAAGACAAGCCAGGACAUUACGACAAACGCUUGAAGUUUUAUACGGAAAUAUUAGACCAGCGUCACCCAUCCAUCAAUCGAAUAGCAGUCGGUAUAAUGGCGAACCAACCACAAGUUUAGACAGAGACUUCCAAAGGCGGAAAAAAGAGGAAGCCCUAGAGCUGAAGAUCCAAGAAGCAUUCCUUCGGUUCAUGGCGGCGACACUGCAAGGGUACCGGAGCUAUCUCAUACCGAUCACACGGGCGCCCACUGUUGGAACUACGGACCCACAUGCCCUGUUCCAGAUGGAGACUUUCCUUCGGUCUAGAGAUAGGACACACCAACGCUUCUACGCUCUGAUGAUGAAGACUCAGAUGUUCACACGUUUCAUAGAGGAACGAUCUUUCGUAUGCGACGUGGACCAAGGGCUGACAUUCUUCGACGAGUGUAUAGAGCGAGUGUCUGCCGGUGGCGCGUCCAGUGAGGAGCCACUACUUGGUAUAGACACGGCGAAUGAGUCCGAACGGACCGUGUUUGUAUUGCCACCGGACCCGCCUGAACCACAGGCGACCUACACGUACGAGAGGUUCGACUUAGACGCGACGCUGAUAGCCAAGUGCCGGAGUCGCGGGCGAAGCGGCGCUGUGCAGGCAUUGCCGGCCGCUGCGCUCGCUUCGGCUGAAUCAUUGGCUGAUGCUUCGCCUAUGGCAAGACGAACGAAGCAGGAGAUUGCUGCUGCGCAAAGAUUGGCGCGCAAAGCAAGUUUGUCUCCGGAAGCCUGGGCGAAGUGUCUCCUAGGCGCGUGCUACUCGCUGUACUUUCUAGCGUUGCCGUGCAGAAUUAUGCUUAAUCGCGGGAAAGAACACGCUACAUUGAGAGAAGCGUUUGAGCUGUUAGAACGAGCCACCAAGUUGCGAGUGCCUUGUGAUGAAGUAUGCUACCGCGUGAUGAUGCAGCUAUGCGGCGUGCACUCCCUACCGGUGUUGGCAGUGCGACUCUUGUUCCUGAUGAAACGAGCCGGCUUGCAACCCAAUGCCCUGACCUAUGGUUAUUACAACCGAUGCGUGCUUGAGGCUGAUUGGUGUCAGGAUAUGCCUAGCGGUUCCCAGCUACUAUGGAACAAGCUAAGGAUAGCGGUGAUGGGCGCAGCACUGUUCCGCAAGGCUGGCGCGCAGCGAGCCAACCGCGCCGCGGGGCACGCACUCCACGCUAACAACGCUGGAAACAGCGGCACAUUACCUCGCGUCCGCUCGGCGGCGGCAGUGGGUGAUGGUGGCGACUUGUCCAACCUCGCGGGCCUGGCUGCGUGCGAGCCCGCACUAAGUCGGACUAGCCUUGACUCUGCAGGUGGACGUGAACACGAGGCGAACUCCAACGCAUUCGAAGCGCUGAUGCGGCGCGGGAACAUCGUGCGGGCCAACCCCGCGCGCCCGCACGCACACGCCAUGUCUAACGCGGCUGGGAUACUCAUCUCUGGUCUACCUUCAAAUCCGGAUUUAUGCGAAGUGUCAAGACCGAGAAGUAAUUCGCUCGGAAGUGAAGAUAAAAGUACUCCCAUAACCAUUGCUGAGAAAAGACAGACGAUCCACGUGAGCCCCGACAGUCCGUCAGAUCUCCGCAUCUUGACGCGGUCCGAGAGCUUCGCCGGAGACGCGCAGAUUGUCCAGAACUUACAGAGGCUUUCAUUUUCUAGCGGACAAUCAAACGCCAAGUCGCGGUGUUCGCGAACCCUUAGUUUUCCCGAAGAGCCGGAGAAGGAAGCGGCAGCUAAUGGAGCGGUUAACGAAGACACCAAAGCUUCACCACUCAAACUGUCUCCCCGAACACCAGUCUUAGCGGACGACCCUCUAGGCGCCCUGGCUGAGCCUCCGCCAGAACAACCUCCACCACCCACUGUGGAAGACCCACCCCUACCCAAACACGAACUCAGCGUCAGCCCCAAGCUGUUCCAUCGACGCAGCAACUCCUUCCAGGAUGAUCCUCCAGAGCAGACUGAAGGGAAACUGCAUAGAAGCGAGACGGCGCCCGGUACCAUGUCUUCAAGCCUCGCUACCUUGGGGAACACACUGAAGAUCUUUGGACGCUAUUCGCCCGCCCGACUCUCGUUGCGCAAGGAAAACAUGAAAAUUGGCAAGGCUAUGAUCGAGAACUACUUCAGUCCAACAAGCAUAGCAGGCAAGAAAUCCAACGAACUGCUCCAAAGUGGACUGAGCAGUCUGAAGUCGGCCGCAACUAGUAUGGCGAAGAAGUUCGACGAAAUGAAGGAGGUUAUAUCUGCCAACUCGACGCCUGUGAAGGGAGCCAUAGGGAAUGCGACCAGUGCUCUGAGCAGUUUAAUAGCCGAGGAAGAUUCUACCGACGGGUCUUCCGAGAUCAAUCCCGAUGAAUGGAUAGGUGGCAUGGGUUUCCGGCGGGCUUCAAGCGACGCAGACUUAGCGUGUUCUAUGGAACGGGGGUCUCUCGCCACCCUACUGUCUCAUCUGCCCGACAAUUUGUAUCCUACACAUACGGAUAACCCAAAGCCAGAGAACAUCUCAGUGUUCGUGCACAUGUCCUCUUGCUCGCAAUGCCACCAGUGCCUGGCUCUGCUAUACGAUGAAGACAUCAUGGCGGGCUGGGCAGCGGACGACUCCAACCUAAACACGCGUUGCACCGCCUGCGGCCGACACACCGUGCCCGUGCUCUCUGCGCAGGUGGUGCGUACGGGACAAACACAAGCAGAAUCUAUUAGCGUGCCUUAUUUAAACCCCUUAGUGCUGAGGAAAGAAUUCGAAUCUAUUUUAGGUAGAGAAGGUGACGCGUGCCUAGCGGAGCCAGACUUCGUAGAAUCACACCCGAUAGUAUACUGGAACCUGGUGUGGUUCCUGGAGCGAGCCAACAUCGAGAACCACCUGCCUGAUCUGCUGUGUCCUGAUUAUCAAGCCAAGUAUCACAGCUCCGACACGCUCCAUGAAGCAGAAAGAUCUGUAUGCCACGUGAUCUGCAACUGGGACCUGGUGCGUCUGCACGCGGAGGCGGGCACGGCGCUGUACGUAGCUUGGCGGGAGAAGCGCGCCGCGCACCAGCGCUCGCGGGCCAUACAGGCGCUGCUGCUCACCGAGCACCUGCAGGCUGCCACGCACUCAGUGGCGCUGACAGUACUCGACGGGUUGCUUAGCAACGACCUGACGGACUCGCUGCGGAAGCUAGCGGGCUGGAGGGAGACUACUUGGGGGAACAAACGAUAUCACUCUUAUUACAGAGACGUCCUCUUCCUCGCGAUGGCAGCUCUAGGCGAGCACAACAUCGACCUGAUAGCCCUCCAGCGCGAGUACACGCGCGCCCUCGAGCAGUUGCAGCAGAGCGGCGAGGCGCGGCCGCAGGACCUGCCGCCGUCGCCCACCGCCGUCUGCUGCCGGCACUACUUCAAGCGGCUGCGGCUCUGUGAUGAAUGACAGCGGGCCCGUUUUUUGUAGACUUCUAAGCGUAGCAAGACGAUUUCAUUGUUACAAGAGAAGUCAUAAAUGAGCGUAUACUAUUGGCUCAAUCAUCGCGUCGCCCGAUAUGUCGGCAGCAUGCCACGACACGACUAUUGGUGAAAACAAGGUUUGUUAUUUCAGUAAAGAGUUGGUUAGCUUUAUACAAAUAAAUCUUCGAGUGAAAUGAGUCGAAAAUGUAUUCUUAUCAUAGUCACACGAUUACGAUGAUAUGAUCGUGAACCAUAUUUUUGACAAAAUGUAGAAGUACCACGAAUACAAGUUUCAUACUCAUGGAGUAACAUGCUUUGUUUUUGUAUUAGGACAAGAAUAAGAAGUUGAAACGUUUGAGCAGUUCAUAAAAUGGUAUUGACGCAUUAUUAGAUAGAAGUAUAUUUACCAUAAUUAUAUCAUUUUUGGAGUAUGCUCCAUACCCCCUCCGGUUGAUUGAGGGGAGGCCUGUGUCCAGCAGUGGGACGUAUAUAGGCUAUUUAUGUUUAUGUAUAAAAUUUGUGCAAAAAAGUAAUAAUAAAGUUCUUAAUAAACAAACUUAACUUAAUUUUAGUUUGACAGCUCUCACAUUAGUGCUGUCCUUCACUUACAACACGUAUAAGAAAGAGAUGCAGCUAGUUUAAGUCGUGUCAAAUUAAGUUAAAAUUUAUUUGGUGGUUGUCCAUAUCGACACCAAUGACAAUGUUCAACCAAAAAAUCAUGUAAUUUCCUAAAUGGUAAAUGUACUUCUAUUCAAUGAUUAGUAUAUCGAGCAA